AUGGAAAUCUCCGAUCAAAAUUCUGACAUAAUCUAUCUCGGAGAAGAUGAGUUACCGAUAAACGAUGUCUGCAUAAACGAUGUAUCAUUUCACUUUGAAUGCAGAGGAAAUGACAUUCCCGGUACAUCACAACAACAAGUUAAUGUAGAACUGUUGGGAGAACAGUUUUAUGAUGGAGGGGAUGAAGAGGAUGAGGAAGAGGACAGGAUACCUUGGGAUCAUACACCCGAUGUCGUCUUGGCAAAAAUAGCAUCUUACUUGACGCAGUGGGAUAAAUCCGAGAUGUCACUGGUUUGCAAGAACUGGAAUCGAGUGAUUCUUGCGGCUCCACGGUUAUGGCGUCAUCGUAUCAUCAGACUCCGGGGAAACUUCAAAGACCGUUCCCAUGUCAUCUACGCGAGCAUCCUUGGUCGCUUUCUCAGCCGUCUGCAUCUAUCAAGUGGGCUAAGAAGCUUGCGUCAUGCAAGAAAAUUCCAGCGCACCUUCACUGCCAUCUUCGCCGAACUGUACCGCCAGAGGGUCCAACUGAAGGAACUCUCUCUGACAGAGCUGAAAUUUCAUGUCCAUUUUCGCGGGGUACCUGGAGGGCGAGCGCGUCAAGGGAUCAUUCGAUCAGCACGUCGCUUCCUGGGUAGGCAGGCGAAACUUCGCUACUUGGAUCUAAAUUACGGCGGUAUGACUUGCGAAGAAGGAACAGCGUUACUUCAAGCAGCAAGCGAGAAAUCAUCCAGAGUUCUCAAAGCCCUUGACAUCGAAGAACUGUUUCGUCCCGGAGCACCCGUCCACCAAAGUUCGGAAUUUGCAGAAACCUUACCGCGAUUUGUAAAUCUUGUGCAGUUGACCAUGAAUUACUCCGCUCUGUCGGACGAACUUCUGAGGAACCUAGCCCGGGAGAGCAACGGACUGUUGGAAUUCUUCCAUGUGAGGUGCAUUCGAGGAGAAAACCUCAACCACAUCGUAGGGACACCUGCUUGGAGGGCGUUCUCCGGAAGGAUGUCGAAAUGUCAACUAGAGUUUUCUCUGAUUGGGGUCAUUCGAUUAAACGACAUUCAGCGUGUUUUGACACCUCAGAUGCCACUUCAAAUAUUGAGUGUAGUAGGACACAACGAUGAUUCAUUUCAACCGGAUAGGACUCUGAAAUACAUCUCACGAUAUCUUAAUAACACAGUUGAAAAGGUAGUCAUUGACGUGACACCGUGCUACAAACUAUACGGCAGAGGCUUCAUCGACAUAAUUCGAGACAGCCCUCGACUCAGGCACUUGGAGGUUCGAGGUCGCAUUCGUUGGCAUGUCAUUCACGAUGUCUUCGAGUUUCUUGACAUCAACUUCGUCCGUCGCGGAGUUCGUCCGCCGUUAACCACAUUACGGAUGUUGGUUACGAGCACGCCGAUCGAGCCCUAUGAAGAAGAGGCGUUCGUCAUCGAAGAGUACCGUCCGGUGUUCUCGAGAUUCGAUCUUAUGUACGAGCUCGUGAUCGAACCCAUGUUUUUCCCUCUGCCGUUGGAAUUUCGUGAACCUCGUCGAGUGCACAACUAA